AUGUACAAGAAGAUGAAAUCGACAGAUGACGAAAUAAGAAAUUUGCUUGAGAGUUCAGACAGUGAAUUUGGUGGUGAGCUAUCUGAAAGCUCAAGCAGUGAAAGUGAAGAUGUAGUCCUGGAAAUUCCAGAUCAAAUAGUUUCUGACAGCAGCGAAUUGGAUGAAAGUGAACAGGAUAUUCAACCAACAAGAAGACGACCCAGGCGGAAAGCACAAAUUGAUCAACUUGAAAAAGACAUGGUUGCCCCGUCAAGUAUGAUAUGGAAGAGAAGCCCUUACUUUGAGUGUGCGGGCAGCGGUGCCUCCGCAACGCCACCCCCCACCAAGGUCGACCGCGCCGCUAAGCCAGGCGGCCGCCACUGGCCGCUCUCGCGAGCACAUGGCCACCACGCGACACCGGACGUUCUGCGCAUGCGCGCUCCGCCGAGCUCGGCGAGUCGUGCGCGCUAUGCGAAUACGGCUCAGUGCUCCUCCGGAGUCUUGCCUGGCAAGUGGGUUAGAGUCGGGUCAACGCGCAGUGCCUCGUCGAGCGGCGUCCGAGAGAUCGCGUGCGACGAGCAGCGCGCCGCGCCUCCGGUCUCGCACAGGGAAUGCGCCUGGCAGGUGGCGAUGGAGGCGGAGUGCGCCUGCGCCGGCCCGCCGCCCCCGCAGUUUCUGCUGCCGCCGCCCCCGCGGCCGCCCUUCCUCAGGGACCUCACAGCGUCGUCAUGCGCGCAGUCGCAGCACCCCGACACCUGUGACGUCGUCGCCGUGCUGGAGGCGCGCUGGCACGACGACGAAGCCCUGUUGUCGGCCGUGGCGGCGGCCGCCUGCUCGCUGCUGCUGGUCGCCCUGGCAACCGCCGCCUCCAUCCUCCUCUGGAAGUACAAGAGGAAGAAGGCCCGCGCCGCGCGUGAGGGCGUCCCGGAGCAGAUGCGGCCUCGGCCCAAGGACAGCGUCGGCCUGGAUGACGAGGCGCUCGACGCCGACGGCGCAGCCUACGAGGACGUCAUCCAGAUGCGCCUGCGCCGCGCCCCCUCCAACCACUACACCAGGGACCACCGGGCGUCCAGGCUGCACCAGUACGCCGAACCUCUACAGGUGAAGGCAACCGGAAGCAGGACGAAACUGAGAAGAGAAGAGGAGGAGCCACACUCGUUCGUCUGCUCCCUGUCCCGCGAUGGCUACGGUCACGUUUACCAAGAAAUUGGUCACGGCCUGAGUGGUGGGCCCAGCUACGGAGAGCCGCCCUGCUUGGCCGACGAGAGGGUGGCAGGUCUUAGUGGCGAGCCGAGGCCACCCACGCCCGACCUGUGCCGCCACUGGCCUGGCGGCGCUCCUCCCCCGCCGCCCCCGCGGCCAUGGUCACCACCCCCGGGGGAGCCGCCUCCGCCCGCAACAGAGACCUACCGCCCUCCUGGUGAAGGCUCCACUGUGCCGUCCUAG